UAAACCUUCAACCUCGAAUUUGCGCAAACCGGCUCAACCUAGGCCGGUGUAUAUUUAAGCCAUCCGCUGGUACGGGUCCUUCGUAACCAGGUCACCGGAAUUCAAGAUCUAGGCAGCCAAUUCGCCUGUAAAACCCGACUUCAGCAUGGCAGACAGAUCUAUGCCCUCGUCCUUCGACGACGACAGGGAAUACAAUGAAACCGGGUUCCAGAAGAUCGGCCGCAAACUGCGAGAGGAGCCUCUAAUCCCUCUCGGAACCCUCCUAACCACCCUCGCCGUGUACAACGCCUGGCGCGCCAUGCGCCGCGGCGACCACGCCCAAGUGCAACGGAUGUUCCGGGCGCGCAUCGGCGCGCAAGCCUUCACAGUCAUGGCCAUAGUCGCGGGAGGCACCUACUACGGCGCGGACCGGGAGAAGCGCAAAGAACUAAUCAAACUCGAGGCGCAGCAGCGCGCCGAGGAGCGCCACCAGAAGUGGCUGAAGGAGCUUGAGGUCCGCGACGAGGAGGACAAGCAUUUGAAGGCGGCGAUGAAGCGCCGGCAGGACCGAAUACAGCAGCGGCGGGCGGAGGAGCGGGGGCGGGUUGCUGUGGAGGAGGGGAAGACGGGUUCAGGGGUUGGAGAAGAGGAGGAGAAGAAGGAUGGUGGGUCGAAUGUGCUAGGUGCUCUGUCGAGUGCUGGUGGUUGGUUUGGAACGAAGAAAAGCGAGAAUCCGACGACAUCUGAGCAAAGUAAGGCCCGAGAGGGGGGUUCGGAAAAGAAAGCUUAAAUGGAAACCGCCGGGCUGUGACAUGCAUUAUGAAAUUUGCAAGUGACUAUUCUCGGUUUCGGUUCAAAAGGAAAUAUUUUGUACCAAACUUGAUCAGGACCGGAAGGCUACCUAGGGAGGAGUACAUUUAAGAGCAAAAGAUUGAAAAGUCAUCUCGAUAGGCUAUCCGAAAGGAGCCU